AAAUACCUAAACGCGACCCAUAUGAAAAUACUAUUGACUAUGACAACAAUGGGAACCCGACAGGUACUCACAUUCGUGUUCGUAAAAAUAGAAGAAAGUAUACAAGAGAAUAUUAUGAAGUUUUAG